AAUUCGGGGCCUUCGGGCAGCAACUUGCAAGGUGUGUUACUCUUUUCUUUGGCACCCAAAACCCCCAAAACCAAUAGCCGUACAUUUUGCAGAACAGACGUUGCAGCUUCGCCAUUAGUCGGUAACUCAACAUCUAUGGAUUCUAGCUGUUGUUGUCCUGCUUCUGUGGCUGUCGCUUUUCUGUUUCUUGCGACUAUUGCUUUUGCUGUUCGUAUAAUCACUAGCAAAAUUCCAGAAAGGCUUGAGAAGAAGAAGAGGAGGCACCAUCCAAUUGGUGGCACCAUGCUCAACCAGCUGAUUAAUUUCAAUAGGUUGCACCAUUAUAUGACUGAGUUGGCUACAAAGUACAAGACUUACAGAUUGAUCAGCCCUUUUCGUAAUGAAGUUUAUACUUCUGAUCCAGCUAAUGUUGAGUAUAUCCUCAAAACAAACUUUGAAAAUUAUGGCAAGGGACUGUACAAUUAUACCAUAUUGAAGGACCUAUUAGGAGAUGGCAUAUUUACAGUUGAUGGUGACAAAUGGCGGGAACAAAGAAAGAUAUCAAGCUUUGAAUUCUCCACAAGGGUAUUGAGGGAUUUUAGCAGUGUCAUCUUCAGAAGAAAUGUGGCAAAGCUAGCAAACAUAAUCCGUGAAGCUACAAAUUCUAAUCAAACAUUUGACAUUCAAGAUCUCUUCAUGAAAGCAACAUUAGAUUCUAUAUUCAGAGUUGCAUUUGGGGUUGAGCUGGACAGCAUGUGUGGUUCAAAUGAAGAAGGCAAAAAGUUUAGCAAUGCAUUUGAUGAUGCAAGUGCUAUGAGUCUUAGACGAUAUGUUGAUAUCUUUUGGAAGAUCAAAAAAGCGCUUAAUAUUGGAACAGAGGCCAAGUUGAAGGAAAAAAUCAGAGUGGUUGAUGAUUUUGUGUAUAAGUUGAUUCGUAGUAAGACUGAGCAAAUGCACGAAUCAUCGGAUGAUUGUUCUUGGAAAAAGGAGGACAUUUUGUCAAGAUUCUUGCAAGUGACCGAAACAGAUUCAAAGUACUUGAGAGAUAUAAUACUAAAUUUCAUAAUUGCAGGCAAAGACACGACAGCAGCCACUCUUUCCUGGUUUAUUUAUAUGCUUUGCAGGCACCCAGAUAUACAGGAGAAGGUUGCACGAGAAAUAAAAGAAGAAACUAAUGGUCGUAAGACGACAGAUAUUGCAGAAUACACUUCCGAAUUGAGUGAAGAAGCCCUAGAAAAGAUGCACUAUCUUCAUGCAGCAUUGACUGAGACUUUAAGAUUGUAUCCUGCAGUUCCAGUGGAUGCAAAAAUAUGCUCGUCAGAUGACAUACUGCCGGAUGGUUUCUCUGUGAAGAAAGGAGACAUGGUGGCUUUCCAACCAUAUGCAAUGGGGAGAAUGAAAUUCAUAUGGGGUGAUGAUGCUAAAGAAUUUAGACCAGAGAGAUGGCUUGACGUGAAUGGUUGCUUCCGGCCUGAGAGCCCAUUUAAAUUUACAGCCUUCCAGACCUCAAAUUGGAGCUUCCAGAACAUUCAGAUGUGAAAACCAUUGGCUAGUCAUUUUGAACAUGAAGUAACAAGCUUAUAGUUUACAUAGAAAAACUGAAGCAGUUAUCUGAUCAUGAACAGGCGGGCCCACGAAUUUGUCUGGGAAAGGAAUUUGCUUAUAGGCAAAUGAAGAUCUUUGCUGCUGUUCUAUCGCGAUUCUUCGUCUUUAAACUGGGUGAUGAGAGGAAGGCUGUGAACUAUAGGACAAUGAUUAACCUUCACAUUGAUGGGGGACUACAUGUUCGUGCCUUCCACAGAUUAGGCUGCUAGGACAGAUAUACUUCAGAUCGUUAAUAUUGGAAUCGACAAACUCCACUGAUAUGGCUUCUAGGACCACUAUAUGUGUGUGUGUGUGUGUGUGUGUCAGAUUGUCAAUCUUCCGAUUGACAAAAACUCCACGUUUGUGCGUCAGAACUAUGAAAGCUUGCAAAAGAUCUGUUCCCUUUAGAUCGCAGGCUUUGCACUACCUGGAUGAAAGGGAAAGCUUGAAAGUGGAAAUAAUUUCAAGUAGUUUGCAAAAUACGGACAAAUGUUUUAUUGGUAUAAGAUCUGUUUCUACUCCAUGACUUGCAAGAAGCAUAACA